GAAUGGUGGCCGAGAACGAGAAGACGUUGCGUUACUGCUGCCCGUGUGUCCCAGCGUCUUGACGUCUGUAAUCGGCCUGCUGCGACCACACUUUGAGCCUCGGUCGUCCAACGGAGAGCUACGAAGUGCUGGUGCGAAAUUCAGCGACGGGCAACGGCUUCGCCGCAGCAGCGAGGGAGGCGUCCGCUCUGUGUUGACAUUGGUGUUGAGCAGCUCGCGCGCCGUGGAAGAAAAUGUUGAACUAAGCCGAAACACGGACAAAUCCGGGCGUGCAGGAAGAUGCCGUUUCUCGGGGCAAGUUCUGCCUUCCAGCAGGAUGUCGAGAAGGCCACGAGUGAGCGCAACACGAGCGAGGACUGGGCCCUCAUCUUGGACAUCUGUGACCGAGUGGGUGCUGUCCCAGGGGGCCCCAAGGACUGCCUGCAGUGCAUCAUGCGCCGUAUGAACCACACCAUUCCGCAGGUGGCCCUGCAGGCACUCACGUUGCUGGAUGCGUGUGUAAAGAACUGUGGCAAGAUCUUUCACUUGGAGGUGUGUUCUCGAGAGUUUGAGUCUGAGUGCAAGAAGCUUCUUUCCAAGGGCCACCCACGGGUGGUGGAGAAGAUGAAAGGCUUGCUGAAAAAGUGGGCCCAGGAAGACUUCAGCAAGGACCCCCAGCUCAGUCUCAUUCCAUCUCUGUAUUCCAAACUCAAAGGAGAUGGCGUUGACUUUGGGCCUGAGGGAGCGUCUGACUCUCAACCAUCGGAGCAGUUAGUGUCCCGUACUUCCACCAAGCAGCAGCAGCAGGAAGAGCAAGACUUGGCCCGAGCGAUUGAGCUGUCGCUGAGGGACUCUCCCCCAAAGAACAGCGUCAGUGCUGGGGGAGGGCUGUACCCCCGUGCCCCGUCGCCCGCAUCGGCUGCACUGGCUCCCGAGAGCAACUCGUCGGCAGUGGUGAAUGGGGCACCGCGGGAGCCACGCAAGGUCCGUGCUCUGUACGACUUUGAAGCUGCCGAGGACAACGAGAUCACCUUCAAGGCGGGCGAGCUGCUGCUCGUGCUAGAUGACAGCGAUCCUAACUGGUGGAAGGGUUCCAAUCACCGAGGAGAGGGCCUUUUUCCCGCAAACUUUGUCACUGCAGACCUCGAAGAAGGCCGCCCACCUGAACCUGAAGUGCAGCCUGAACCAGAGGCCCCAGUCACGGAGCCGGAACCGUUGCGUGUCGACCCUGCCCAAAUCGACGAAACCCUUCAGCGGUUGCAUGACGCAAAUCCUCGAAGUGGCCAGCCGGAUCCCCCCGAAUUGCUUGCCUUGGAGGAGCGCUGUGCAGGAAUGGGUCCCUUGAUAGAGCAGGAGCUAGAACGCAUUGACCGGCGGCACGCAUCUCUGGUGGCUGCGAGUCGGCAGCUGACUGACGCCUUCACACUCUACCACAGCCUGAUGCGUGCCCCUCCACCACCACGGCAGGCUGCUCCAGCUAUGCCUUAUGGCCCUGUCGGUGAGGGAGCUGCCUGCGGAGUACAGGAUCCACGAGGCAACAUGGCAGCUGGCCUGCCUCCACAGAUGCCCAUGUCUCCACCUUUCUCGGGGGCUGGCAUUCCAGCAACCAGCAUGGCCGGCCAGGGAGCGGCGGCGACACCAGUGGGCUUUCCACUGCUCUGACCCCCCCGAGUUCCUUGUUCAGAGCAGCUGAUUGAUUGCGUUCAGAGAAAAUAAAUUACUCCUCACCAGGGCACUUUUUUCCCAGGUGAUGAUUAAGUGCGCAUGCCAGUUCGGCUCGUAGCCUUGAGGGUUUUUAAAGAAAAGUGUUUCAGACCACUUGCAAAUAAUAAAAUCAUGUAAAAUUGUCA